AUGUCCGCGCAAACGAGAAUCGUGGUAGAGCAUUUCAACAGAGGACAAUUCCCACCACAGCCUUUCCCACUUGAUUCACUGAGUGCCUCCGCAAUUUCCUCAAAAGAUAUCCGGCAGGUCUUGGAUUGGGAAAAUCUUAUGAGAGGUAUCGAAGAUAUUUACUUGAACAAUGUUGAGUGGGCUCGAGAGAUGUAUAACGACCUGGGAAUACGCGAUCCCGGACAGCUUUCUCCGGAAUGGUUCAUUUGGAAGGAGAAUUUCCGUCGCUCCAUAUAUCAGUUCUUUUUCAUGGGUGAGGUUUUAUGCCGAUCACACCAGGAGCCUCUUUCAGAAUCCCCCAAGCAUCUUUUCCAGGACAGAGACAUAAGACUUGAACAGCCAGAUAAGCCAUUACUGAAGAGUGAAGAGAUGGCGUAUUUACUGAAAUUCCCGGUCUUCAACUUUGAGGAUUAUGCUCACCAUGAGGCCAUCUACAAUGACAUAGCGGAGCUCUUCAGGAAGCAAACAGAGCACCGCCCACCAUCCCUUGACAACCCAGAGCUGCUGGAUGCAUACCCAGAGGAUGCCGUCUCUCCUCAACUAGACAGGUAUCACGCCGAAACUCUUCAUGCGGAGAUGAUCCAAUGUCUUCUAUCAAGGUCAUUCUACUCGGAAGCCAUCGCCUUACCAGAUAAUCCGAAGAAUUCACACAAGACACUCCUUUUGAAAGAAGCUAUACCCCGAUCCAAGGAUUCCGUGUGGCGCUCAUGUUCUCCGUUUAUGAAUCGCAUUCUCGAGAUCAUGCAUUCGUUCUCCGGUCAGCCAAGUCAUUACAAAGAGCAAUAUCCCACCCCACCUCCUCCCAUGCAGAUCUUCCAGGACAUCUUACGGAAGUAUCUCGGACUUCGAUUUUCAGAUGAUGCAUUUGAGGUAGAGGAUCUUGAUGCCCCAGAUCACCUCUUCGUGCAUUAUCAAGAGAUGGGACAUCUUUUUUUGGAUAGGUGGCCUGAACUGGUCCCAUCAUUAUUUGAUUUGGACGACGGUACCGAAUAUGAAGCAUACUACUCCUAA